GUGCGGGCGGGAACGAGGCACUCCGGAGGCGAUCCUGCGAGGGUAAAGUGGAACAUCAGAGUGAAAGUGAAGAUAGUUCUUUCUCUUUCUGUUUCCACGGCUCAACGGUUUUGCAAGCGCGACCGCCAUUCGGUUUCCUUGGACAAACCGCGGCCGUCUUCUUGUGAAUACCAUGAAGCUGCUACUGCUGCUCUGUGCGGCAGCUUACGUGAGCUGCCACUCCUUGGAGUCGCCUCUGAAGAGCCAGGACGGUGCCCAGGACAAGGGCUUCAUAGACUGGAUCACCAACCUGCUUGGUGGACCCAGCACUACGCUGAGGCCAGUGCAAGACCCUCCGGAUGACUGCCCAGUUUGCCAAUGCGGCAUCGCUCGGACGCGCAGGCGCAUCGUCGGUGGCUACGAGACGAAGAAGCUGGAAUUUCCCUGGAUGGCGGUGCUCAUGUACAACGGCCGCUUCUACUGCGGCGGCUCGCUCAUCAACGACCUCUACGUGCUGACUGCGGCGCAUUGUACCGCUGGUUUCCGCAAAGAGAAGAUCACGGUGCGGUUCCUGGAGCACGACCGCUCCGUGGCCAACGAGACAAAGAUCGUCGAUAGGAGCGUGGCGCAAAUCAUCCGCCACCUGCGCUACAACCCCAGCACCUACGAUAAUGACAUUGCUCUACUAAAACUAAGCAACCGGGUGGACCUCAGCAGUGCUCUAAAGAAACGUGUGCGCAAAGAUGAGACCGGUUCUGGCUCUGGGUCUGGUAGUAGUGAGGAGGAAAGUGAUGACGUAGGCCUGCGCCCCGUGUGCCUGCCCACCGCCGGUCUGUCCUACAGCAACUAUAGCGGCGUUGUAGCCGGAUGGGGCACCACUGAAGAAGGCGGUUCUGUCUCUAACACUUUACAAGAGGUAUACGUGCCCAUCAUAUCGAACGCCGACUGCCGCAAGACGGCGUACAAGCAGCGGAUCACUGAGAACAUGCUGUGCGCAGGCGAGCCGGACGGCGGCCGCGACGCGUGCCAGGGUGACUCCGGUGGCCCCCUGCACAUCGUCAACACCACUAAUGCGCAGUUCCAGGAAGUUGGUGUUGUAUCGUGGGGCGAGGGAUGUGCGAGACCCGACCGGCCUGGAGUGUACACCAGGGUCAACCGCUACAUGACAUGGAUAAAGAGCAACACUAGGGACGCUUGCUACUGCCAGUAAUUUAUUCCUUAUUUAUUUAUUUAUGAAAACUGUUCUUCUAAAGUAAGAUAAUGUAUUAGUUGUUACAUAGCCAUACAUUUUAUUUUCACAUUUUUGUAUUUAAUUGCUGUGUGU